AUGUACAUCAAGGCGCUGACGGUCCACGGGUUCAAGUCGUUCCGCGACGCGACCGUCGUCGAUUCGCUUAGCCCGAAGCUCAAUGUGGUCGUCGGGCGCAACGGCAGCGGAAAAAGCAAUUUUUUCGCGGCGAUCCGCUUCGUGCUCAGCGACGCGUACACGUCGCUGAGCCGUGAGGAGCGCCAGGCGCUGCUGUACGACGCGAGCGGAGCGACCUCUGCUACGCUCUCGGCCUAUGUAGAGAUUGUCUUUGACAAUGCCGACGGGCGCUUUCCGUUGAAUGGCGACGAGGUCGUGCUGCGCCGCACCGUGUCCCUCGCCAAGGACGAGUAUUUGAUCGACAAGAAGAGCGCGAGCAAGACCGAGGUGAUGAACCUGCUCGAGAGCGCGGGCUUUUCGCGCAGCAACCCAUACUACAUCGUGCCGCAAGGGCGCAUUACUCACCUCACAAACGCGACCGACGCCGAGCGCCUCGCGCUCCUCAAAGAGGUCGCCGGGACGCGCGUCUACGAGCAGCGCCGAGGCGACAGCAUGGAUAUCCUGCGCGCGACCGAUGCGCGCUACAACGGCACCGCCGAGCUCCUCUCUGAGAUCGAGGCGCGCAUCACCGAGCUCAGCAAGGAGCAGGGCGAGCUGCACAAGUUCCACAAACGCGACCGCGAGCGCCGCUGCCUCGAGUAUACCAUCUACCAGCGCGAGCUCGCGGACCUCGCCGAGGUGCUCGAGACGCUCGAAGGCGACCGCCGCCGCGAGCUCGACCAGUCAAACACGACGCGCGCCGAGCACGCCAAGGAAGACGCCGCGGCGCAGCAGCGCGAAGACGAGCUCGUGGAGCUGCGCGUGGAGCUCGAACAGCUCGCCCUCGACCAAACGCAGCUCGAGCAGGAGCGCCGCGCGCUCUCGCGCUCGCAGGCGGCCCUCGACUCGUCGCUCGAGGAAAAGGAGUCGGAAAGCGGGCGCCGCGAAGCGCUCGAGAGCCAGCUGCACCAGGUCGCGGCGGCGAUCCGCGAAAAGGAGGCGACGCUCCUCCAGCACAAUGCCAAGCAGUCCACGACGCUCGCGGACGUCGAGCGUGCACAGAGCGCACUCGAGCAGGCACGUACACGCAUCGCGGCGCUCUACGCGAAGCAAGGGCGCAGCGCCGAGUUUGCAUCGCAGGCCGAGCGCGACGCUGCGCUUACCGCCGAGCUCGAGGGGCUGCACCGCGCCGCCGAGGCCGCCGAGGCCCAGGCCGCCGAGACGGCCACUGCGCGCGAGAGCGAAGACGCGCAGAUCGCGUCGCUCGCCGCGCAGCGUGCGUCGCUCGAAGAGGCGCUCGCUUCGCGCGGCGACACGCUCGCGACGCUCACCGCCGAGUGGCACGCGCGCAAAUCGGAGCGCGACGCGCUCCUCGAAGAAAAGAAGGAGUUGUGGAAGAACGAGACAAAGCUCACGGCGACCCUCGCACAUGCCCACGACCAGUACAGUGCUGCGCAGCGUGGCCUCGCCGCGACGGUCGACCGCGCGACCGCUGCCGGGAUUCAGAGCGUCGAGGCGAUCGCCGAGCGCGAGGAGCUCACCGGCGUCUACGGCCCGCUGUACCAGCUCUUUAGCGUCGACGACCGCUACAAGGCUGCGGUUGAGGCGACGGCCGGCGCAGCGCUCUUUCACGUCGUCGUCGACACGGACGCCACGGCGAGCCGCCUCCUGGACGCGCUGCAGGCCGAAAAGAGCGGGCGUGUGACGUUUAUGCCGCUCAAUCGCCUGCACGCGAACGACGUGCCGUAUCCGCAGGCCUCGGACGCGGUCGUGAUGCUGCGCAAGCUGGCGUUUGAGCCGGCGAUCCUGCCCGCGAUGAAGCAGGUGUUUGGCAAGACGAUCAUCUGUCCCCGCCUCGAGAUUGCCGCGGCGUACGUCCGCGGCUCGCACGGCGCGCUGAACGCCAUUACGCUCGACGGCGACCAGGUCAACCGCCGCGGCACACUCGCCGGCGGCUACCACGACCCCCGCCGCUCGCGCCUCGACGCGGUCAAGGCGGUGCAGCGCUGGCAGGGCGAGGUCGCGGCCGGCCAGCGCCUCUUGCACGAGACCCAAGCGCGGCUCUCGUCGCUCGAGCAGCAGAUCACUGCGCUCUACUCGCAGAUGUACGCUGCCGAACAGAAGCGCGCGCAGCUCCAGGAGCAGCGCACGCCCGAGCUCGACGAGCUCGUGUACGUCCGCCGUGCAGAGGCCGACGCGGAAGCGCGCCGCAGCCGCCUCGAGCGCCUCGCCGCCGAGCACGCGAUCGCCGCCGAGGCGACCGCCACGCGCCGCGCCGCGCUCCAGGCCGAGAUCGGCACGCCGCUCACCGACCACCUCUCUCCCGCGGAGCACGCGGAGCUCGCCCGGCAGGUCGCGGCGGAGAACGCAGCGCAGGGCCAGCUGGCGGACGCGACGCGCGCCGCGGUCCUCCUCGCAGAGACCACGUCGGCGCUUUCGACAGAGCUCGACGAGGGCCUGCGGCGGACGCACGGCGCGCUCGCCGCGCAGCUUGAGCGCCUCGAUGCGCCGCUGGCGGACAUGGAUGGCGACCGCCUCGCCGAGGCGCUCGCGACGAAUGCGCAGCGCAUCGACGGGGCGCAGCAGCGGUACGAUGCGAUCGCCAGCCAGGUGCAUGCGCUCGAGGCGGCGCUCGAGGCGGCGCAUGGCAAGCAGGCCGAGCACGGCGCCGACGUCGCGCGGCAGCAGCAGAUCACGGAGCGCUUUGCGGCCAAGCGCCAGCGCCUGCUCGAGCAGCGCGAGCGCUGCCAGCAGCAGAUCCGUGACCUCGGCGUGCUGCCCGAAGACGCCUUUCGCAAGUACGCGACGAUGCCUGCGGACAAGCUCGUGCAGCAGCUGCAAGGCGCACGAGCUGCGCUGGCGCAGAUGGCCCACGUCAACAAGCGCGCGGUCGAGCAGUAUAACAGUUUUACCAAGCAGCGCGACACGCUCCUGCAGCGCCACGCGGACCUCGAGGCGAGCAACACGUCGAUCCACGAGCUGGUGCAGGUGCUCGACGCACGCAAGGAUGCGGCGCUGCGCGAUACGUUUGCGCAGGUCAGCGAGCACUUUGCGAGCGUCUUUGCGGAGCUUGUGCCGGGCGGCUCGGGCAAGCUCGUCCUCGAGCGCGAUGCAAACGACGCGCCGGCGGGCGUGAGCAUCCACGUCGCGUUCAGCGCGUCGCAGCGCACGCAGCAGCUGCACCAGCUGUCGGGUGGCCAAAAGUCGCUCGUCGCCCUCACGACCGUCUUUGCGAUCCAAAAGAGUGACCCUGCGCCGUUCUACCUGUUUGACGAGAUCGACGCAAACCUCGAUACACAGUACCGCACGGCCGUCGCGCGUAUGGUACACGAUCUCGCAGGGGACGCGCAGUUUAUUGUGACGACCUUCCGGCCAGAGCUCGUGGAGCGGGCCGACAAGUACUAUGGUGUGCUAUUUGGCGCGCAGAAAGUGAGCACGAUUGUGCCCAUCCAGCGUGCAGAGGCAAGGGAGUUUGUCGAGGCGGUCGAAGGAGGUGCGCGGUAG